CGCCGCCGUGCUUCUGUCCCGGCCCCGGGCCACCCACGGGGCGGCCGGCGCGCCUGGCCCCGGGAUCUGCAGACCCCCGAAGGCGAAGCUAGCGAGGUGCUGUUUCCCCGGGGCUGGCGCCUGAGGCUCCGCUAUGGACGGCGAGAGCGAAGUGGACUUUUCCCGCAAAAGCGUAACCCCUUUGUGGCGGCGGAGGUCGACCCCUCAGCCCUUGCUGCUGGCCAGGAGCAAGGCGAGGCCCCAGUCGUACCAGAGCCCCAGCGGGCUGCUGAUCACGGAUUUCCCGGUGGAGGAUCGAGGGUCGCUCCCCGCGGCGCAGACUCCCGCCCAGGUGCCCGCCGCCUCGGACGGUAGGACGGUCCAGAGGAGCCCCCUGCUUCUGGGCGCCCCCCAGAGGGCCGUGGCCAAUGGGAGGACGGUCUCCCCGGAGUGCCGGGCCGCUUCUCCCCGGGUCCGACGGCCCAAGUCACCCCAGACCCCCAAACCGGCGUCGGGUGGCUCCCCGAAACUCUCAGCCAAUGGCACAGUGACCUCGCCUGCGCCGCUGCGCUCCCCGCGGACUCCUAACGCGCCCGCCCCCUGCGGCCCCCAGGAGGACCCCACUGGGCUGAACGCCAGCCCCGCGUCCGCGCCCACAGCGAAUGGGCUUGCCCAUAUUAGCCACUUCACUGCCCCCCGCUGGCACUCCGACCCCGAGCCGGGAUCCUGGAGACUCUCGCCUGCGCCCCAGAAAAGGUCUUCGGAACAAACACUCCCCCUCCAAAGGCUGCCCUCCCCGGCGAGCGAGCUCCCGGAGCAUCCUGCCGUGGUUUUGAGUACAAACAGCCCCGCCGCCCUCAAAGUGGGGAAGCAGCAGAUCAUUCCGAAAAGCCUGGCCUCGGAAAUUAAAAUAAGUAAAUCCAGCAGCCAGAAUGUGGAGCCCCACAAAAGAAUCCUCAAGGUGCGCAGCAUGGUGGAGAGCCUCGGGGCGUCCCUUGGCCACUCGGGGGAUGAGGGUGAGGCCGAGAACGACCUGGACAGCCCGGGGUCUCUGCGGCGAGGCUUGCGUUCCACGUCCUAUCGCAGAGCGGUGGUCAGUGGCUUCGAUUUUGACAGUCCUACCAGCUCGAAGAAGAAGAACAGAAUGUCCCAGCCAGUUCUGAAAGCAGUGGUGGAAGACAAAGAGAAGUUUUCCAGCCUGGGAAGGAUAAAGAAAGAAAUGCUGAAAGGACAAGGAACAUUUGAUGGAGAAGAAAACGCAGUCCUGUAUCAGAACUAUAAAGAAAAGGCUCUUGACAUUGACUCUGAUGAAGAGUCAGAACCCAAAGGACAGAAGUCAGAUGAAAAAAUUGUGGUUCACCAUAAGCCGCUGAGGUCCACGUGGAGCCAGCUCUCUGCGGUGAAAAGAAAUGGACUCUCUCGGACAGUUAGCCAGGAGGAAAGAAAGAGGCAAGAGGCUAUCUUUGAAGUCAUAUCCUCUGAACAUUCAUAUUUACUCAGCUUGGAGAUAUUGAUACGAAUGUUUAAAAAUUCUAAAGAAUUGAGCGACACCAUGACCAAGACAGAGAGUCACCAUCUUUUCUCCAAUAUUACAGAUGUCUGUGAGGCAAGCAAAAAAUUUUUUACAGAGCUGGAAGCAAGGCAUCAGAAUAAUAUCUUCAUUGAUGAUAUAAGUGACAUUGUAGAAAAACACACAGCAUCCACAUUUGACCCGUAUGUGAAAUAUUGCACAAACGAAGUCUAUCAACAAAGGACGCUGCAGAAAUUGUUAGCCACUAAUCCAUCCUUUAAGGAAGUAUUAUCGCGGAUUGAGACCCACGAAGACUGCAGGAAUUUACCCAUGAUCUCCUUCCUCAUUCUCCCCAUGCAGAGAGUCACCCGCCUUCCCCUGCUGAUGGAUACCAUCUGUCAAAAAACUCCCAAGGACUCUCCGAAGUACGAAGUCUGCAAAAGGGCCUUAAAGGAAGUAAGCAAGUUGGUUCGACUGUGCAAUGAAGGAGCCCGGAAAAUGGAAAGGACUGAAAUGAUGUACACAAUUAACUCCCAGCUGGAAUUUAAAAUCAAGCCCUUUCCUUUAGUUUCCUCUUCCCGGUGGUUGGUAAAAAGAGGUGAAUUGACGGCCUUUGUAGAGGACACCGUGCUUUUCUCAAAAAGGACAUCCAAACAGCAAGUCUACUUCUUUCUCUUUAACGACGUCCUCAUCAUCACCAAGAAGAAGAGUGAAGAAAGUUACAACGUCAAUGAUUAUUCUUUACGGGAUCAGCUGUUGGUGGAAUCUUGUGACAAUGAAGAGUUUAAUCCUUCUCCAGGGAAGAACAGUUCCACAAUGCUCUAUUCAAGACAGAGCUCUGCCAGUCACCUCUUCACUCUGACAGUCCUCAGCAACCACGCGAAUGAGAAAGUGGAGAUGCUGCUGGGGGCUGAGACACAGAGUGAGCGAGCCCGAUGGAUGACCGUCCUGGGACACAGCAGCGGGAAGCAGCCUCCUGACAGAACCUCGCUGACCCAGGUGGAAGUCACUCGAUCGUUUACGGCCAAGCAGCCCGAUGAGCUGUCCUUGCAGGUGGCCGACGUGGUCCUCAUUUAUCAGCGCGUGGGCGACGGCUGGUAUGAGGGGGAGCGGCUGCGAGACGGAGAGAGGGGCUGGUUUCCUAUGGAGUGUGCCAGGGAGAUAACAUGUCAGGCUACCAUCAGCAAGAACGUGGAGACAAUGGGACGCCUGCUGGGCCUGGAGACCAACGUGUAGCCUCUCCGCUGACCUCUGUUCCUGCGAGAUUGCAC